UGGAGUCAAAGUUCAGAAUGUUGCUGAAAAUGUUUUCUUGUGCAAGAGUAUUAAGUCGUCUGUUAUUAAUAUCCAAUAAAAAAUAAAGUACAUCCAUAUUGUUUAACUUUUUCAAAAUAAUAAGUAAUAUUUCAUUAGGUAAAUCCAGAAGAUGAGUAUUUGAUCGGCUCAUAUUUUAUUAUGACUGUGAUGCUUUUGACUAAAAUAAAGCUUUAUGUACAUACAUAUUUGUUCAUUAUUUUCAUCUCAUACUUUGACCUCAAACAGAAUGAAAACUUAGCAACGUGAUUGGUCUAUUUCAAGUUAAGUUAUCUAUUUUUACGCGAUUUAUUUGUUAAUUCAGUCUGUUUGGCCGUUUUGUGCCAUAGUGAAAUUCAAGGAUGACAUAUUGCGAAGAAGAAAGGAUAUAUUUUGGUUAUAAGGGAGUUAGUUGAACUUCAUUUAUUUAGUAUUUCUGACAUUCAAGAUUUUUUCAGCUUAAAAUCAAAUCUGAAAUUUUUGUAAAAGGACAGUUCUUUAAGGAUCUCAAGUCUUUUAGUUACAAGGAAAUUUCACAUGUUAUAAUGUAUAGAUCUGGUUGUGAUCUGGGUACACUAUACACACAUGUUUUGUUGAAUCUGACGUUUCCUGUCCACACGAAAACAUUGUGAAGCCAUUUAGUAUGUAGGAUAAUCUCCUCAAUGUUCAACUAACAUAAAAAUUCUUGGGAAACGAUUGAUAUUGAUUUUGAAAUUGUGCACAAAAGAAAAUUUUCCUAAUGAAACCAUAUGCAAUAAGAUGUGUACAAAUAAUAGUUCGAAGUUUGAUCUUUAUCACGGAAAAGAUUAAAUUUAGAAAAAUAGCGAAGUAAUUUUGAAAAAUGUUCCUAAAAUAAUACGAGAAAUAUCUUCAAGAUUAAUUUCAUUAUUUGAAAAGAAACUCAUGCAUAAGUAUCUGAGAAAAUGUUUCUAUUGGAAUUUUGCAAUACAUAUCGUAGAUCGCGAACUUUCAUCCGCCAUCAUCAGAAGAAUGAAAUUUGUUCAUUGUGACGAAAGUAGUGAUUUUGCUUGAGUAAAUAAUCUAUCUCACUAUGAUGAUAUUGUUAUAGAUGGGUAUAAGAAAUGAUCUGUAUAUAGUUAGAAAAAUAAAAACAUUAGAUUUCAUUUGUAUAUUUAUACAUUUAAAAAGACAUUAGUCAAAUUAUAAGAGUUUAUGAGUAUGUAUUGAAGAGAGGAAAAGCGCACUUCUGUGCUGGGUGUAGUUGAGAGCUAUUAAGGUAUGGAUGUUGCCAAGGUUUAGAUAAAUAGAUGAACAUUUCAAGUGUUCAAUAAAUGAAUACUUGAAGUGAUAGUUGAUUAGUUGAAUUCAACUUUCAAAUUUGACACUACUGGAUUGCAUAAAGCCAUCAGUACCAAUCUUUGUUUACACAUAUUCUACUGACUAGCGAAAAACAGUUUUGUCGUACGACGUGUGCAAGAGAUACAAUUUGUUAGUCAUUUAAAGUUAAGCUGAAAUGAUACGUAUCAUUUAGUACUCAUUUGUUAGUUUACAUGAUUUGUACUUGUCUGUGAAAAUUUUUCUUUGAAAAACUUUCAAAUACAUUGCGAAUAGUGUAAACAAUUUUUUUGCACUUUAGAGUUUACGAUAAUAUGUUUGAAAUGCUAGUGGGUUUUUUUAUUAGGUAUUUUCGCUGAAUGUUACUUAUAUUGGAAAGAAAAACAGCCAUUUUUCACAUAGAAACUUUUUUUUUAUUGACUAUUAUGUAAAUAAGAUGGCUUGCUAGUAGCAAUAUAUUUCAAAAAAACAUAACAAACCUUCUUGCAUGAACAUAAACAUUGCAUAUAGUGAAAUGAAGCCGAAGUAACACAAAUAAAUAACUCUGAGAACGAUCUUGUAUCUAUGAAUAAAUUGUGAGUUAUGUAGACAAGUAAUAUUUUGUAUUCACUUAGUUCGUCGUAAUGCUAAACAGAGUUAACACAUCUGUGAAAGUAGAUAUCGGGUACUGUUCUAUUUUAUAAUUAGUUGAUCAUAAUUGUAUUUUACGAAUCUCCAAAAACGGAAAGAAACUUAAGUUUAAAAAGAUAGUUCACUGUUCUAAAAGAAGUAACAUAUUUAUCUCCGUAUAUGAUUGUUAUACGAAAAUAUGGUUCAUAAGAUUCAGUCUUGUUUUAGAAAAUUAAAGCCUAACAGUAUCAAUAAACAGAAUAUGAUUAUCGUUCAGAUUGAGAGAGCUAGUACCAUUGAUAGGACUUAUGGUUGUAUUGAAUUCUAUUAGUAUUAUCGUUCAGUACAUCAAAGAAAGAAUCUUCCAUAAAUACUGAAGUAUAUUUUAUUAUUUCUUUUCGCACAAUAUAUUAAUUUUGUAUUAACGAGAACUUUAUAGAAGCAUAAGUUAUUUGAUAACUAAUAUCUUUAUUUGAUAUUAACUGCGAAAUUAUAUUUACACUGAUUGCGCGAUUUACUAUAAGUAUAAAUUAAUGGUAAAUCAUUUUAUUUUUAUACAGUAACAGUAUUUAUAUGUGAUUAUUUGCAUUUAUUAGUCGCAUCUCCAUAGUCAUGUAAUACCUAUUUAAAAUAGUGGUUGAAAGAGAACGACAGGUAAAAUCGAAUUUAUUCCUCAUGUUGCCUUUAGUUGGAAAUAUAAUAUAGAAAAACGUGUUUCAUUUAUGAGGUGCAUCGCUUAAGAUGCAUAUUAUUCAUUAUUAUCGGAAGAAAACUAUAGGCUUCUCGGACGCCUUAUUGUGUAUUUGUUCUGUGAAGGAAAUAAGAACUUUCCAAGUAAUAAAAAUGCCAAGAAAUUUUAUGCUUUUUUGCUCGGAAGAAACACAUUAGAUUAAUAUUCAACUGAAAAACAUCAUUCUGACAGACUGACUGUCGUAAUUAUUGAAAAACUUUUCGAAAAAUAAAAUAAAUUAUGAAUAAAUUUCUAUAACUUUUUCUUCCUGUAAAUAGGUGUAAUUAAAUUGUUUUGAGAGUGAAUAGCUAAGUGUAGAGCAUAGUUCAUUAUGGUAGACAAUAUCGAUAAAGAUGUAAUUGAGAGCAAGUAAAUGAGUUUGAUAUCGAUAGAUGAAUGUGAAAAUAAAGAAGAAGAGUACAACACUCACAUCAAUUCAUGUCGUAGUUAAUAACAAUUUUAAUUAACAUUAUGAUGUACUAAUACAUAUGAAAUUAUUGAAAAACAAAGAGAAUACUUUAUCUAUCAAUACUGAUUAAUGCAUUAGUUUAAACUUUUACUUAAAUUCUAACUAAAAAUUUAAUUGAUGAUCUGUGGAACCUUUUUUGAUCUAAUUAUGCACUUUAACUGAUGUAUUACACUUAAAAGCUUACGUUUUCUUGUGAAAGAAGUUUAGUCAGAUUUCUUCAAUCUCUUAAUAAAGACGAGCUAAACUUCAAGAGUAAUAAGGAAUUAUUUAGUUUUAAAAACAAUUUAUGUAAUGAUGAAAUCUUAUGCAUGUAGGAGCUGCUAGUUGAAGCGAGCAAACGUUUGAAGUAGUUAUGAAUAAUUUUGCGAAAUUGGAUGAAAAUUAAGAACAAAUAAUAACAUAAAAAAUCUUUUCUUCUUCCAACAAAUCUACUACCUUUUUGUAGUUAAUUCAAAACAAUAUUUUGGUACAACAGUAAGUUAAUUUUUUUUCCUUCUCCAAAAAUGAAUACAUUUUCAUUGAUUUAUCAUAAUUUGAAUAUUUUUAGUUUGUUCAAUUUGAAAAAAAGGGUGUUAAUAAUGUUGGAGCUGAAGAAAAUGUUGAAAGAGGAUAUGAAUUAAAAGCACAAAAUGAUGAGACAUUAGAUAAAAUCUCUGAUAAUCAAGAUAAAAUUGAUGCAAGUCGAGAAUGGCUUUUAGAAGAUAGAGCUGGUGUUUCUCCACGAAUGUUUCAUUUUGAUAUGGAUUCCGCAACUCGUCGUGAUGUCGAUAAUUCAUUACGUACUAUUCGUAAUCUUAAACAAUUGAAACAUGAAACAUUCAAUCGAUUAUCUCAACCAUGGACAUUUGGAACAUAUCCUUAUUAA